ACAACGCUAUCAACAACAUGGCCGCCCGAUAAAGAAGAAAAUGGACAAAUUUAUGAUUUCUUGGAAUGUGUUAUUCCUUGACAUGUAAAUAAGAUGUAGGAGAGUCUCUUAACAUGAUAAAUAAGGGCUCGCGAACUGAUGGCGGCCAUAAACCGCAUCUUCGUCUUCUAGAUCUGACUUUUGAUAAUGGGGUGACAAAAUCGGAGAACGGUUCCAGACCUCACGGGGGUCUAAGAGGUAGCAAGAAGCAUCCUUUAAGUCCUUACUCCUUUAACAAAUCAUCUGAAUACCAUGCCCAACUUAGAGAAGACAUCAACAAUCUCUUUAAAGAGGAAUUUUUUGACGGACGUGGUUCCCCAUCGUGGGCUUUUGGUAUCAGUAAAGAGAUGACACACAGUGGCGAAUCUCCAUUUCAUGUCCAUGGUCUGCUAAGUACUAGUAAACUGGAAAGUGAAACAAGCUCGGUUCACAACAUCAGACGCUCAGUAACACCUGCUUCCUCUGCAAGAAAUACUCCCAGAAAAAGAAAUACGGGAACUUCAUAUUACCGCCCCACGACUCCUCACCAGUACUUAACAGCAACUAAUCCAUCGCAGCUGUCUGCCAAAGAACUCAAGUAUGGAAGACCCACAAGGACCACCUUACUGCGAGCUAGACAAAGGUGUGCUUCAGCUCCAGUGAAUUCCUACGAUGUUAGAAGAGAAGUGGUCAAAACUAUAGAUAUAGAUGAGGUGGAACCUGAAACAUUUCGUUAUGCAGACCACUGUCUGUCUUGUAGAGAAGCAGAAAACUCUCCAUCCACUGGUCAAGUGAACAAAGAGGUUUUUGUCGCCCCUCCAGAAGGAGAAUCCCCCCAUGCUUUCCUGACAGGAGCGAGAUAUAACAGAGCCCAUCUACUCGAUGCCAAAAGUUUAUCAGUUUAUGGGGUAUAUAUGCCAAGGACAAAUCCUCAAGGAAUCUUUAUGACGGGUCAUGCCACACAGAGGUCAAGGGAUAAAGGUCAAAAUAUACCCGCGGUCCCCCCAGAUUCGCCACGAUCUGACGUCGACGAGGCGUCAAAACCAGUGGUGAAGCGCCCAUCUACAGCGCCGGGUAAAAGGUUACUAUCUUCUGGUUCCUCACAGCACCCUGGGGGACGCCCCCGCAGUGCGUGGGGGGAAAACUCCACAACAUGUCACUUGGUGCACGGGGACACUGAAAGUGAGAAUGAGAAACCUAAGAAAAAGGUAGUGUUGGUGACAUUCAAAGGGAGUAAACAUUUAAAAAGUCCGGAAUCCGUUCUUCCAUCCGUCACCGGUCGCACCGCUCCAAAAACAUACUUUCGCAGACCACGAGAAAUGGCAGAUGAUUCUGCCUCUUUGCAUGCUCAGCCUCCACCCACUCCUGUUGGAGCGUUUUCGGUUCGGGAUGAAAGUGAACAAGUUCCAACUGAAUCCGAACGAGAAAAUUUGGACUCUGUUGUCCCGAAUCCGAAUGAGGUACCAGCGCAUACAGACGUAGACCAAAGACUGGACAAGAUAGUAGAAAAAGCGGACGCUGAUGAUAAAAUAUCAAGUAAUCAGGAUACUUUGCUCGAAAAAUCCAGACUUACGUCGUUUGAAACGAAGAAUGGCGUAGAUACCGAACAACCAGAAACUAGCAAAGAGAAUAGUAAAGAAGAAACAAAACUCCUAGAUAUUACUGAAGUGACUUUAAAUGGCCAAGACUCAAACAAAAUAGAUAGUGUAACUAAUGAACAGAAAUUAAAGGAUGAAAUCUUCAUCACAAACAAUGAAAAUCAUAUCUUAAACGGCGAUGAUGAUAAUGUUGACGAUACAGAUAAAGAAAACAUUCCUUCUGACUUAAAAACGGACUGCAUGGCAGAGGAAGAAAUUCCCACACAGAUUCACGUGACAAUCACGGAAAAACCGCAUGAUUCCACACCAAAUUAACUUCAGAUUAACAUUAUUACCGUUCUUUGUUCUUCAAAGAACACUAAUCAAGAAUUUUUCGGCCUCUUUCGUUUUCAAUUAUCAAAAGGGGAAACAAUAUAUGCUAGGUCUUGAUUCAUUCUAAUAUCUUUAUUACGGCUGUAGUUUGCAUGACAAUGUACUUUCGUACUUGCAUAUACAUGUAAUUUCAUGAAUUUUAAUCGAAAUAACAUGCAACCUAGAUCUAAUAAUUAUUCCAAUUAUAGUCGAAUAGCUUUCUUUGUUUAAGGGGAUGAACCUGUUCAUUUUCUUGUACGCAUUUCCUUUAUUCGAAAGUGAUUAGAGGUCACCGGAUUUAAUAAAUGUCUACAACUCCUUUCCAUUCUCUUAACGGAAAAUAACAGCUGUAAAGUUAUUGACACAAAUGAAUAAUAUUUACCAAUGAAAAUCUCUGGAUUCCUAUUCAGUCUUUCCCCCAAAAAAGAACAAACGAAAAAGUAUACAUUUUCUUUACUAGGGAGAGGUGUACAAAUCUUUUUGGUUGUUUCAUUUUGUAGUUUCAAAUUACAUGUCACUUACAUGUAAAUGAUAGACUUAUAAAAGCAUGUUUAAUUUCAUUUAUCACUGCUUAGCCGAUAAUCUAUGAUCAAACUUCAAGAGAAUAUAAGUAAACCUUAAUUCAUAUGACGAUUUUGAAUAACUAUUAAUGAGACAGUUAUAUUAAUUAACUCCAGACCAGUCUUCAACUGCAAUAAUAAUGAAGAAAUAA